UUCACGAAAAUUCGGACUGUUUUGUUUGUGUAGUAGCCUCUCAUGGUGGUGAGAAGCAAACUAUUACAGACACCCAUCGUCCCUAUCUUGAAAGAGAACAUGAAAUAAUGGGUGUGGAUGGUGGUGAAAUAAGGACCAGUGAUUUAGUUGACAUCUUUAGUGAUGAUAAUUGUAAAGGUCUGCGUGGAAAACCAAAAUUCUUUUUCAUUCAGGCUUGCAGGAUAGCAGGAGUUUUGAAAAUGGACAAAGGCUGUACUCUACGUCCUUUAGAAUCUUUGAAGCUUAUUCAAGAUACGCAUGGUAAUAAGUUGACGGCUUCAGCUGAAGAAGUUCCUAUGGUAACACUAGCUCCUUGUCCAGAGGACACUUUAAUCAUGUUUGCGUCAGUAUCUGGUAAGUUGAAGGAGAAACAUCGAUAA